AUGACCAAGAAGCAGUUACAGGAAUACAGAGAUGGAACCCAUGUUUCUGAUCCAGAUGAAACUGAAGAAGAAGGGAUUAAUGUUUUUAUCACAGAAGGAAGGGAGAAGAUAUUCUCAGCUGAAGAAGCCACCCAGCCAAAGAAAAAAAACAAAUGGCUUAUUCAAUCUAAGAAGACUAUUGCGGAAGUUGGUGGGGAGAUAACUGAUGCUCCUCCACCACAGCUGGUUGCUGCUGUCACAGAAGAAUCAGAAUGGAUAACUGAUUAUUCCCAGUUAAAGGCUCUUACUAAACAUAUUUAUUCACAAGAAGCAAACUCUCAAUAUAGACCCCCAGCUAAUGAAACUAUGAACCCGGUAGGUUUCCCUCUAAAGCCACCAGGACCUAAACCAGAGCCCAUGAGUUAUGUUCCUGAGCCAUCUACCAGACCCAGAAGGUUCGCCAAACAAGAUACAUCCGAAUGGUGGAACCUACCUUCUGCUCAUCAGCAAACGGGUGCCAUCUUAACAUUGCUAACCCAGCUUAACAAGAUUGAUGAUGUCCUCCUAAGAUGGGAAGGUAUAACAAAAAAUAUUGUGGCAUUACAAAACUUCUCUGAUGUGCAGGAUAAAGUAGACUUUAUUGAAAAUCUACUUGGAGAAACCAAAAGACUAACUUGGAUUCAGUGGCGAAUGGCCUAUCCUACUGAAUACCAGAAGCUUGUCAACUCCACUGAUGGGAGGAAUGGAACACAGAAUAUAAUUUCCCAAAUCAGAAGAAUAUUUUUACUUGAAGACCCUUUUCAGGGAUCAACAGAUAUCCAAGAUAGAGCGUAUCAAGACCUAGAAAGAAUUUCCUAUACCCAGGUAAAAGAUAUAAUCCCAUUCAUGAAUGAUUAUAUGAACCUGGCAUCUAAAACAGGAAGGUUAUUUACUGGGACUGAACUCUCCGAGAAGUUCUGGCUAAAGCUCCCUGGAGACCUGGGAAAAAGAGUAAAAGCAGCCUUCGAAGAAAAAUACCAAGGUAACACUAUAGGGGUACAUCCCAGAAUAAUAUUCACCUAUAGGUACCUUGAAGAAGAAUGUAAAAAGGAAGCCUUCAGUAGAUCCCUUAAGGAUCUAUCAUUUUACAGCCAGAUACCUAUCCCUGGGUAUUAUCAAAAGACAGGCAAAAGAUAUGGAGCCAGGAAGUCUACUACAUACAAAGGAAAGCCUCAUGAAUCCCAUGCCCGAAUAGAAAAGAAGAAACAUUUAAUUCGCAAUAAGAAAUGUAAAUGCUUCUUAUGUGGCGAGGAGGGGCAUUUUGCAAGGGAUUGUCCCAAAGAAUAUAAGAAUGUACGAAGAGUAGCCAUGUUUGAAGGACUUGAGCUACCUGAUGAUUUUGAAAUAAUGUCAGUACAAGAAGGCGAUGACCAAUCCGACGCUAUCUAUAGCAUCUCUGAAGGGGAAGACCAGCAGGUACUUGCUUAUGAACACCUAUAUGUUUUUAUUGAACAAAGAAAUUGCUACAUGAUAGGAAAAAUGGGGAGCUGGCAACCUAUGGUUUGA